GAAAGCGGAGAAAAUCAUGGGCGCAUCCACAUGCCUGGGUGAAGUCCCGGUUUUUAUCUUUCUAGGCUGCCAGCAAACAUGGCGGCUAGCUCGCUAUACGUGCCCCUGGAGCUUCUCUGGCAGGGUAGUUCGGAGAAGCUCGGUAGAUAUAUAUUGUGCAUAAUGUGUUCUCUCCCUAAGCCCGUUGUCUUGCCAUCCGUGUGAGCUUCAAGCAUCGCGGGUCGUGAAGCUCGGCUACAGCGUGUGUGGAGCGGCUUGUGCAUCUCCUAUCCUGCGGCCGUCGACGCCAUUUUGGAGACGGCUGAUCCCUUUCAUUCAGCCUAAGCUUUCUUUGUUUUCGACAACCUCCAGCGCACACCCUCACACGGUCCACCUUGUGAUUUUUGAAGAGUCGACCCUUGCUUUUUUGUGUGCGUUAAAGCCCAGCUUUAAGAAGGCCUUCGUUCCUCGCUGGAAUUCGGCUUUUGUUUGGGAGGGGUUUCAUGGUCUCAAAUAUCCUUGAAAGCAGAAAUAUAGUUAUAGUGUUGGAGCCUUACAGGAUAAAUGGACUUUGACCAUCCAUGUCCAGCCAUUAUGGAGAUUCCCCCUUGCUAAUUAUUAGUUUGAGCUUAGUGAGGGCAGUAUUUAUAUAAGCCCGUCAAAAUGGCGUGGGCUCAAAAUGGACGCUCCAAAGCGGCUUCAGAUGCCAAGCAUGGACACUUUUGGUUGCCUCGUUUUAACCACCUGUUUUGGACUUUGCUGUGCUGCUCCUCAUCGGAGACCAGUGGAACAUCCAUACCCACCUAAUGGAGGCCUGCUGGGAUUCAUUUGGAGUGAACGGCAAGAGACUCUCGGGUUGCUGCCCAAGCAGCUCCCAGACAAGUGGCAGCAUGACCUGUUCGACAACGGCUACAGCGCGAACGCCGGCGGUGGAGGCGGCGGCGGCGGUGGAGCGGGCGUGGAAACCGGAGGAAAACUCCUCGUGUCCAAUCUUGACUUCGGCGUCUCUGAUGCAGACAUUCAGGAACUCUUCGCAGAAUUUGGCACUUUGAAGAAAGCGGCAGUACAUUACGAUCGGUCAGGACGCAGCCUCGGCACUGCCGACGUUCACUUCGAGAGGAAAGCAGACGCCCUGAAAGCCAUGAAGCAGUACAACGGUGUUCCCCUCGAUGGUCGCCCAAUGAACAUUCAGCUUGUUACAUCACAGAUUGACGCACAGAGGCGGACUCCGAUGCAGGGUCUAAAUCGUGGCGGUGGUGGUGGCGGUAUGAACAGAAACAGAGUUGGGGGCUUUGGCCCACAGAAAGGUCGUGGGGGACGUGGCGGCGGAGGAGCCAGAGGUCGGGGACGAGGCGGGCGAGGUGGCGGUGGCAGCAGCAAACAGCAGCUCUCUGCCGAAGAGCUGGAUGCCCAGCUAGACGCCUACAAUGCCAGGAUGGAUACCAGCUAAAUACCAACACGUCAAGCUGCAUUCCCCGCUGUUCCGACAUGGGAAGAGUGGUCAUCGUUGUAAUAGCUUUGAACAUGCCGGAUGUUUUACACUCGCGUCUUCAGAAGUGAUUUAAAUUUGUGUACCGAUUUCUCUCUUUCUCCUUUUAAAAUGCUAAAGUGUUUUUUACCUACUUUGUUUUAUUUUUGGUUUCCUUUUUGAGAAAAAACCUGGUUGGACUGUAGGAUUUAAGGGAUGGCCUUAUCUUAACCAUCCUUUUGUGUAGAUCAUUGAAAUAAAAACCUGCAGUAUUUAGUAA